CUACCCCGCCUCUCAGCUGAAGGCUUUAACGGCCUCAUCUGCUGAGCUGCGCUGCUCCUGCCAGGAUGGCUACCCUGGUUGUAAACAAGCCUGGAGCGGGGCUAGACGGUAGCCGGCAGGGCAGCCGGGGGACGGCGGUGGUGAAGGUACUGGAGUGUGGAGUUUGUGAAGAUGUCUUUUCUUUGCAAGGAGACAAAGUUCCUCGUCUUCUGCUUUGUGGCCACACAGUCUGCCAUGACUGCCUCACCCGUCUACCUCUUCAUGGAAGAGCCAUCCGUUGCCCCUUUGAUCGACAAGUGACAGACCUAGGAGAUUCAGGUGUCUGGGGAUUGAAGAAAAAUUUUGCUUUGUUGGAACUUUUAGAAAGACUGCAGAAUGGACAUAUUGGUCAGUAUGGAGCUGCAGAAGAAGCCAUUGGGAUAUCUGGAGAGAGCAUCAUUCGUUGUGAUGAAGAUGAAGCUCAUGUUGCAUCUGUAUACUGCACUGUAUGUGCAACUCACUUGUGCUCAGAGUGUUCCCAAGUUACUCACUCUACAAAGACGUUAGCAAAGCACAAGCGUGUGCCUCUGGCUGAUAAGCCUCAUGAGAAAACCAUGUGCUCUCAGCACCAGGUGCAUGCCAUUGAGUUUGUUUGCUUGGAAGAAGGUUGUCAAGCUAGCCCACUUAUGUGCUGUGUCUGCAAAGAAUAUGGAAAACACCAAGGUCACAAGCAUUCAGUAUUGGAACCAGAAGCAAAUCAGAUCCGAGCAUCAAUUUUAGAUAUGGCUCACUGCAUACGGACCUUUACUGAGGAAAUCUCAGAUUAUUCAAGAAAAUUAGUUGGAAUUGUUCAGCACAUUGAAGGAGGAGAGCAAAUAGUGGAAGAUGGAAUUGGAAUGGCCCACACGGAACAUGUUCCAGGUACUGCGGAGAAUGCCCGGUCAUGUGUCCGAGCUUAUUUUUCUGAUCUACAUGAAACUCUUUGUCGUCAAGAAGAAAUGGCUUUAAGUGUUGUUGAUGCCCAUGUUCGAGAAAAACUUAUUUGGCUCAGGCAGCAGCAAGAAGAUAUGACUAUUUUGUUGUCCCAGGUUUCAACAGCCUGUCUCCAUUGUGAAAAGACUUUGCAGCAGGAUGAUUGUCGAGUUGUUUUGGCAAAACAAGAAAUUACACGAUUACUGGAAACAUUGCAGAAACAGCAGCAGCAGUUUACAGAGGUUGCAGAUCACAUUCAGUUGGAUGCCAGCAUCCCUGUUACUUUUACGAAGGACAAUAGAGUUCACAUUGGACCAAAAAUGGAAAUUCGAGUUGUCACAUUAGGAUUAGAUGGUGCUGGAAAAACUACUAUUUUGUUUAAGUUAAAACAGGAUGAGUUCAUGCAGCCCAUUCCAACAAUUGGUUUCAACGUGGAAACCGUAGAAUAUAAAAAUCUAAAAUUCACUAUUUGGGAUGUAGGUGGAAAACACAAAUUAAGACCAUUGUGGAAACAUUAUUAUCUCAAUACUCAAGCUGUUGUAUUUGUUGUUGAUAGCAGUCAUAGAGACAGAGUUAGUGAAGCACACAGUGAACUUGCAAAGUUGUUAACGGAAAAAGAACUUCGAGAUGCUUUGCUCCUGAUUUUUGCUAACAAACAGGAUGUUGCUGGAGCACUUUCAGUAGAAGAAAUCACCGAACUUCUCAGUCUGCAUAAAUUGUGCUGUGGCCGUAGUUGGUAUAUUCAGGGAUGUGAUGCUCGAAGUGGUAUGGGACUGUAUGAAGGGUUGGACUGGCUCUCACGGCAACUUGUGGCUGCUGGAGUAUUGGAUGUUGCUUGAUUUUGAAUGCAGCAGUUGUUUAAAUUUUGUGGUUAAGAGUUAUUUUGCACAUAAUAUGUUGUAAGAAAUUCUACAUCUCAAAGAUGGCAGUUAAUUUAGGGUGUUUAUAUAAAUAGAAUCUUGAAUUGAGAAUUCAGUACAAUAUUGCUUUAAAAAAAUUAUUCUGCAGGGAAAUUUAAAUAUCUGUGCAUAUUAGAUUGGAUUAAAUAGGGAUUUCUUGAAUUUACAUUUUUUAAAAACUAAAUUUGUUAUUUAAGUUUUUCAGAUUAUAUGCGACCCAAAUAUUGGGACAGAAGUAGUCACAGAGAAAGGGUAAGUGGAGGUUUAUUCUUUCAGUGAAAAAAGAAUAGCCACCGAGUGCCUAAUGGAAUGAACCUCUGUUAGGAAGCAAAUGAAGCAUUGCUUCUUUUUUAACUUGCCUUUUCACUGAAUUUUGGCAGUAUUGAGUAGCAAAAAUGAUAGUGGUUUAAAGAAAUAGAAUCCAAACUGUGUCUUUGGGUAAUAGGAUUCCUUUACUUUUAUGCUCAGAAUAAAAGGAUACCUUUAAUGCUAAGAACUAUAAGGUAUAUACUUAGAAAGUUAACGUUUGAUACAGAGUGUUUUAUUAAAACGUUCUCCUAAAGCAUUUUGUAUAAAAACAUAGUAAGACAGAAUGAAAUGUUAUUUAACUAGGCCUAAUUGAUCAUACUUGUCACAUUAGUAUUAAAUUGAAGAACAUUAAUAAAAGUGUGAAAGUCAUUUUCUAGUUCAUCUUCACUUAUGAAAGACCCAUUUCCAGGGCUGAACCUACGUCCGAACUCUAUAUUGGUCCUAUUUUUCAACAUAUUUAAAGUACUUAGUAGUGUUUCUUUUAAAAAUAAUAUUGCAUUCUUAAUGGGACUAUAGGGAAAAGAUAGUAAGUUACACACAGAACCAGGGUUGGCUUUACAUGAAAGAGACCCAAAUAGAAAACUACCUUUACCUUAAGAGAAGUUGUUUAAACAGUGGGAAAUGCUUAUUACAUUAAUUACUUCAACAUAUUUUACCAAAAAUAAGCACAUUUUUCUUGACUAUAAGAUAUGAACAAAGCUCUUCUUAACAAGGCCUUGGAAAAAUAUUGAGGAAUAAAAUAUCUAAAUAAGGAAAGGAAGAGAUGUUCAGAAAGUUUACAUCACAUGUAUUAUGCAGUGUUCUAAAGUUUAAAAAUUUUGUGCUCUGUACUGUUUUUCAGUUUUUAAGGUUACUCCUUUAUGAUGGAAGCAUGAUUUUGAGAUUACAUGUUUUUUUAAUACUCUUCAUAUUUUAGGAUGAAGUUGAACCUUAAAUCUUAUUAAUUUAACUGUCUUAAGGACAGAGAUAUUUGAUGAAAAGAUGUGGCCUUUAGGUGGCACGACGUUUCAGUUCAGUCUUUUCAAAUAUAUUGUGUUUGUUUAAAACCAAAACUUUUAGCAAACAAAGCAUUAAAAAAAAGAGCCCAUCCAUGUUAUGGGCAGUGUGUAAAUAUGUAAAUAUUUCAUCCUUUAUUUUUCACGUGCAAGGUCAUGCUGUUGACAAGUGUCAUUUGUGUGCGUAAGUAAUACUUCUGAGUUAAAUUAUUUAAUAUUUGACUGAUUACAGUAACUGUGAAAAAUAAAGUUGUUGCAUUUGCCUGUGAGCCCUUGGACUGUUCUCUUUACUAGGUGAUUGGGGAAAAAAAAGCGUAACACUAACAUACGAACUUGGUUUUCUUGUAAAUUAUUAAGUUUAUUUCACCCAUUUUGCUUAACUUUGUAAUUCAUAUUCUUAGUAUAUUGCUGAAUACAAGUUAAAUAAUGUGCUUACCUACGCUUGAACUUGAUUGUACAGUAUGUAAUGGUAGCGUUUAUGUGAUUUUUUAAUUUUUUUUUCAGAUUCCUAUUACUAUUUGUGGUUGUAUUCUUUCAUUAAUCAUUACACAAGAAUGUGCUAGGUUCCCCUGGGAAGUAACAAGUUAAAGAACAAGAGGUUUUAAAUGCAAUAUAAUAAAAUUUGCUUCCUAGCUCUGAAUUUCUGUAUUAAGCCUAAAUUUUAUUAAUAUGGUUUAUGUAGAGCAAGUUUGACAAGUGUUUAGCCCUGGGCUAUAGUUCAGGAAUACUUUAUAGCCAGCAGAAGCCAUUAUUUACAUUACAUAAAUAUAUGAUCAGUGUAAAACCAAAAAAAAGACCCACUGCCAUCAAGUUGUUAAUUCUGACUCAUAG